AUGGCUUCCCCCUCCAAGGAACUGUGGGCUGACCUGGGUUGCCAACCAGGUUCUCUGAAAAUCUGCAGGCUAGAAGAGAAGCAGAUGAAGACAGAAGUCAGGUCAGAAAGUAGCCUUAGCCCUGCACUGAGAGGCAGCGGGAGGUCUGCCAUGGAGAGUGUGUGUGGUGGUCCAGUGUGGGGACGAGGUGCCUCGUCUCGAUCGGGCCUGGUGUUGCUCAAAGAGCCGGCCAUCUCUUCUGCAGUGAAAAAAUGCCAACAUUGGUGUGUUGUGAGCUUCCCAGUGUUACUGUAUGUGAAGGGAAUCCACACUGGAGAGAAUCCUUAUGAAUGUGAUCAGUGUGGAAAGGCUUUCAAAUUUCACUCUGUACUUAGGAAUCAUCAGAGAACCCAUACUAGAAGAAAACCUUAUGAAUGUACACAAUGUGGAAAGACUUUCAGAAGUAGAUCCAGUCUUGCUGUACAUCAGAGAAUCCACACAGGAGAGAGACCUUAUGAAUGUAGUCAAUGUGGAAAAACUUUCAGAGAUAGCUCCAAUCUUAAUAAUCAUCAGAAAAUCCAUACUGGAGAGAAACCUUAUGAAUGUCAUCAAUGUGGAAAGGCUUUCAGAAAUAGAUCCAAUCUUACUCAUCAUCAGAGAAUCCACACUGGAGAGAAACCCUAUGAAUGUAGUUGGUGUGGAAAGACUUUUACGGAGGGGGGCCAUCUUGCUUCCCAUCAGAGAACCCACACUGGAGAGAAACCUUAUGAAUGUGAUCAAUGUGGAAAGGCUUUCACAGUCUGCUCUGCUCUUAGGAAACAUCAGAGAAUCCACUCUGGAGAGAAACCAUAUGAAUGUAAACAGUGUGGAAAGGCUUUCACAGACAGAAGCCAUCUUGCUUGCCAUCAGAGAAUCCACACUGGAGAAAAACCUUAUGAAUGUCAUCAAUGUGGAAAGACAUUCAGAACUAGAUCCAAUCUUACCAUUCAUCGCAGAAUCCACACUGGUCAGAAACCUUAUGAAUGUCAUCAAUGUGGAAAGACUUUCACAACUGGGUCUAGUCUUACUCAUCAUCAGAAAAUCCACUCUGGAGAGAAACCUCAUGAAUGUCAUCAAUGUGGAAAAGCUUUCAUAAAGAGCUCCACUUUGAGGAGACAUCAGGGAAUCCACAAUAGAAAAAAUCCUUAUAAAUGUAAACAAUGCGAAGAUAUUUCAAAGGGGAGGAGCAAUCUUUUUCAUCAGCAGCAGAUCCAUACCACAGAGAAACAUUUUGACUAUAAACACUGUGGAAAGCUCACACAAAUCUCCAUUCUUACUCAACCUAAAAGAAUCCACAGUGGAGAGCAAGGUAGAGUGAGUACAGGGAGAGAACCCUCGUAG